AUGAAUAAAAAUAAUGAAAAAAGUGAAGAAAAUUUUGGAAACGAUGGGCAAACCUUGGAAGAAAUGAUGAGAGAAUCUAUUGGUUUAACGUAUUGGUUAAAAAUUUUUACUAAAUUUUUAAUAAAUUUUAGUGAUUUUAAUAUUUUACCGGGUUACAUUGAUUUUUCCGUAUCGUCAGUUGAUUUGACAACUUUCUUAACGCGUGGCAUAAAAUUAAAUGUACCUCUGGUUUCUUCUCCGAUGGAUACGGUCACCGAAAGUGAAAUGGCUAUCGCUAUGGCUCUAAAUGGUGGAAUUGGAAUUAUUCAUGGCAAUUUCUCUACGGGUCAAGAACAAGUAGAAGAAGUUAUGAAAGUUAAGCGAUACAAGCAAGGUUUUAUCAACAAUCCUCAAUGUAUAAAAGAAACUGAUAGCGUAAAUAAUCUCAUGGCCAUCAAACAAAAAUAUGGAUUCACUGGAACGCCCGUAACAAGCACGGGUCACGUUGGUGGAAAACUUUUAGGCUUAGUAACAUCACGCGAUAUCGAUUUUAUACCGAAAAAUAAAUAUUCUACUACGAGAAUUUCUGAAGUGAUGGUACCAAGGGAAAAGCUUAUCACUAGUCACGAGGAUUUCACACUUGAAGAAGCCUAUCGAUUGUUAGAGAGCGAAAAAAAAGGGAAAUUACCAAUUGUGAACGAUCGCGAUGAACUGGUUUCGCUGAUCGCUCGAACUGAUCUGAAAAAAGCUCGUGACUUUCCUCUAAGCUCUUAUGAUUCAAAAGGGCAAUUACGUGUUGGCGCUGCAAUAAAUACUCGAGAAGAUGCGAAAGAACAAGUCAAAUUAUUGGCUAACGCUGGAGUGGAUGUUAUUGUUAUUGAUUCUUCGCAAGGUGCGAGCAUUUAUCAGAUCGGUUUAUUGAAAUGGAUUAAAGAAAAUUAUCCCGAAACGCCGCAAGUGAUUGCUGGCAAUGUCGUCACUCGAAAACAGGCUAAAUAUUUGAUUGAUGCUGGCGCUGAUGGUCUUCGAGUUGGAAUGGGUAGCGGAUCGAUUUGCAUUACUCAAGAAAUAAUGGCUGUGGGUCGUGCUCAAGGAACUGCUGUAUUCCAUGUUUCUCAAUAUGCUCGAAGUCGAGGAAUUCCUGUUAUUGCCGAUGGUGGAAUAAGAGAUGUUGGAUACAUAACAAAGGCUAUCGCUCUUGGAGCAUCAACUGUAAUGAUGGGCGGAUUACUCGCUGGUACUACUGAAGCUCCUGGCGAGUAUUUUUGGGGUCCUAGUGGUGUGCGAUUGAAAAAAUACCGUGGAAUGGGAUCUAUCGAUGCUAUGGAAGCUCACGCAAGUAGUCAAGAUAGAUAUUUUGUUAGUCAAAGUGAUGCCAUUAAAGUUGCACAAGGUGUAUCAGCGACUAUAAGAGAUCGCGGAAGCGUACAUAAAUUUGUGCCAUAUCUUAUUCGUGGGAUACAACAUGGAUUACAGGAUAUCGGUUGCAAUAGUAUCAAGAAAUUAAGCGCAGAUGUUGUUCGUGGAGCAGUAAGAUUUGAACGGCGUACAACAAAUGCCCAAGUUGAAGGAGAUGUCCAUUCAUUAUAUUCGUACGAAAAACGCUUAUAUUAG